UACCUAGCAGUUUAUGACAACCAGAUAGUGGGAGGUCUGCCAAACUAAAGAAGGCAGCCAACAAGAAAUUACAUUCUGGGUAAAAGCAGCAAUCCCACUGAGGAGACAGCUUCUGUUACUCUGUGAUAAUUUUUUGUCAGUUUGCACGCGCUGCGAUAAUAGCUUUAACUGUAUAAUUUGCCAGACAAAUGCUUAAGGAAUAGACAGGCGAAUGAACAGAUCUUUCAAAUGGGAAAAUCAUCUCUUAUUCUAAAGGCUGGUUUUGCUUACUAAGGCUUAAAAUGUGUUCAUGUGCAAUUUUAGAUGCUGGAAAACUACAUAAAAUAUAUUAUUAUGAAGGAGAUUAGAAGCAACAGACAAACAAAUCUAAUGGAUUCAAGGAUAUUUCAGACUUUAGAGUGAACCUUCUGCACUUUGCAAAUAGACUUGAAAGUAAGUGUGUAUGGUUUUGUAUUGUUAUAAUUUAUUAGUGCACUCUUUGAUAGAAAAUAUAACUUCUAGUAAGUUAAUGCUACAAAAUCAUAGUAGCAAGGUUCAAGUUCUCCAUGUGAAACCUGGAAGUUUUUUGAAGAGGAGGCAUUGAACACAGUGUGACAAACAUAACUACAUUGCUAAUGUGCACUCUACAUACAAUCCAUUUGGAAGCAAACUCACCAGUACAUCCUUUGGAGUAAUUUUUUUUGCAAGAAAGUUGAAGAAUGUGGUUAUGGCUCUGCUUUGGUUCUACACCUCACACAUUUUAUGGGAGUAUUUUUUUCCAUAGGAAUAUUUGAAUGGUUUACAAAGUCUUCUUUGGAAUGUAUUUCUAUUCUUUGAAGCCUAAGGAGUUCUUGAGUCUGUGUCUGUUCACAUGUGACACAUUUCUGCCAUCGCAUUUCAAUCGUCUAAAACCGGGCAGAAGUAGAGUUGUGAAACAUUACAGAGCAAGCAUAGCUUACAAGUUCCUUACUGAAAUGCCUUCUUGUUACAGGAAUAACUACAUUUAUGCAUACCAGACAUAGCUUGACAAUGACAUGCAUAUGGAAGUUGUGUGCUUGUAGAAUAUGUUCAGCUUUUUGCAUACCAACUGUGUCCUGAAAAACUGACAGCUUUAAAAAAUGAAUAUAUUUAAUGAAGAAAUGAACUCUUUCAAUGGCACAGCAAAUUAUCUUAUCCAGCAUCAGUUUGACCAGCCAGUGGACCAAGGUAAUUUACUGGCCAAACAACUUAAUACAUCAAGCAUAUGCAAUUGGACAGCAGAGUCUCAGAACCUUACAAACCUCUCAUGCAAAGGCAGCCAUGUACCCCAGUACCAUUCACUUUUUCAUCUACAAGAGAAGAACUGGCCAGCCUUGCUGACAAUUAUUGCAAUUAUUGUAACCAUUGCUGGAAAUAUACUUGUCAUUAUGGCUGUAACUCUGGAGAAAAAGCUACAGAAUGCCACCAAUUACUUUCUGAUGUCUCUUGCAGUGGCUGAUAUGUUGCUGGGCUUUCUUGUCAUGCCUGUGUCUAUGUUAACUAUACUGUAUGGAUAUAUCUGGCCAUUGCCUACAAAUAUGUGUCCCAUAUGGCUAUAUCUGGACGUGUUGUUCUCCACAGCAUCCAUAAUGCAUCUUUGUGCAAUAUCUCUAGAUCGUUACAUUGCAAUAAGGAAUCCUAUCCAUUACAGUCGUUUUAACUCAAGAACAAAAGCGUUCAUGAAAAUACUUGCUGUCUGGACCAUAUCUGCAGGUGUCUCCAUGCCGAUUCCUGUUUUUGGCCUACGAGAUUAUUCAAAAGUAUUUAAAAAAGACAGCUGCUUGCUGACUGAUGACAACUUUGUCUUGGUGGGAUCUUUUGUGGCAUUCUUCAUACCUCUGAUAAUAAUGAUUGUCACUUACUUUUUGACAAUACGAGCACUUCAGAAGGAAGCAACUCUUUGUUUUGAAGAGCUGGAGCCUAGAAACAAGUGGACUGCCUUUAGUUUCUUCCCUCAGAGCUCACUUUCAUCAGAAAGACUAUUUCAGAGGUGCUUAAAUCGAGAACUGGGAGCAUAUGGGAGGAGGACGAUGCAAUCAAUUAGCAAUGAGCAGAAAGCUUCAAAGGUACUUGGUAUAGUUUUCUUCCUAUUUGUUGUAAUGUGGUGCCCAUUUUUUAUCACAAAUGUGAUGGCUGUCAUCUGCAAGGAUACCUGCAGUGAACAAAUAAUAGGUGAUUUGCUCAAUGUGUUUGUCUGGAUUGGAUAUCUUUCCUCAGCUGUCAAUCCACUGGUGUAUACACUAUUCAACAAGACCUACCGUUCUGCUUUUUCCCGUUACAUUCAAUGCAAAUACAAGGAAGAAAAGAAGCCAUUGCAGUUGAUAUUAGUAAACACUAUUCCUGCUGUGGCUUACAACUCCAGUCAGAUUCAGCUUGCUCAGAUGAAAAGUUUAAAGAAAGGAGCUCACAAGAUGGCAAAGGAGUUUUCUAUGGUUACUCUAGGACUACAUAAUUUAGAUAAAAUGUCAAAGCCAGAUAUCAACCAAGUGAGUGAAAAGGUUAGCUGUGUUUGAUUGUGCUGGAAGAGUGGUAACCAUGGCAACCAUGAUGCCGGCACAGAGACAUUUUCAGCUAAGUAAGAGAAGAUGCUGCAAUGACAUAUUACUAAGAACAAAAAAAAUAGCUUUGUCCAGGGGAAAACCUUUCAGCAUAAUCUGUAUAUGCCUUCUGUCAAAUUUCCAAUACAAGGGAUGUAGACAUUACAAGAAACAUGCAAAGGUUUCAUGAAAAAUUCAGGUUCACAGAAAUUUUCUGAAGCUAGGUUAUUAAAUGCUAUUUUUCAGAAACAGAAUGAUUUUUUUGAAAAAAGAUGUUUCUAAAAAACAAUUUCUCUUAAUGAAUUAGUAUGUGAAAACUGACCAGUUAAAAUAAAGUAAAAAUUGUUGUGUCUAACAUUUCAAUUAACUGAAGCAAAAUGUUUACAGCAGAACUGUAUACACUAUUUCAUAUGAUUUUCAUUAUUUCAGCAGUUUUGUAUUGUGUUUCCUAAAUAUACAUUUUUAAACAAAUAUUCUAAAAGAUAGAGAAGAGUGUUUGUAAAACUCAUGAUGUGCUUCAGUUCACAAAAGACCAUUAAUGAAAUAUCAAUUUCAAUUUCAUUUUAUGAAAAACAAUUUGAAAUCUUUAGCAACAUCAUCACACCCUAUUCAACACAAAAUGGUUGCCUUGUUUCUGCCUUUAAAGUUUACAAAAUGGUUGUGAGUGGUGCAAUAAGCAUAUAUGUGAAGUGUCAUGUGUUGAAACAUUUAAAUACAGACAUAGCAAUACACUGGCAAUGUAAGUUCUGUUGCAGAAUAUACAUUGAGCUGUGAAACUGAUAAAAAGAAUAAGUGUAUUUCAAUUUGCACAAGGUUGUGUAGUUUAUUAGAGAGUCUUGGUUAUAUGGAUUUGUAUGAACUUGUUUUUAAAUGUUGUGUUCAAAUGUCAAUGGGCUGUUUGUCAUUUUCUGUAUAGUUCAAGCUAAUUACCUACAGACAAGUUGCCCAUUAAGGUUCCAAAGACAUUAUUAUUAUUACAUGUAUGUUUUCUUUCCACUGUUCCAAAUGGCCUCUUCAAAACAUUGCUAGUGCUGCAAGAUAAUCAACUACAGUAAUCUCUCAGAUUAACCUUUAGGUGAUAUUAAAUUAUUUAUGCAUACUGGAACAUCUUUGUAAGAAAGAAAAACAAUGUUUUGUUUCAUGAACAUUUUGCUUUGUAUAACAUCAAACUGUAAGAACAAAUAUUUAUGUGAAAUAUAAAAUGUAUUUUCUUUGUGCACUUG